AGCUUUCAAAAACAACUGAUUGUCACUUGCUAAUUGCAAAUUUAUAAAAUCCAAUUUGCUGCACGAAUUUGUGUGAGGGGAGCGAUUAAGUAAGCAAAAUUUUCCACGAUUCCAAUAGCGUUGGAGCAGGAGAAGUUUGUGUUGUGGCAGCAGUUUGUUAGAAAAUGCAAAAUUUGCCAACAAACGUUUAAGUGGUGUUUUCCAAAAAAAAAAAAACAAAUUUUACCGAAACAAUAGUACAAACCUAGGGGUUAUUAUUAGAGUACAUAGGAAGUGUAGCCAACAACAAUACAAUAAAAGAUUAAUGUUUAUUAGACAAGCCUUAGUAUUAUGCUGUAGACAACAACUGCAGACACGAUCAAUAAUAAGCGCAAACAACACAAAAAGCAUUUGGGCAAACUCCAGUUUUUUGUUAACGCGUGCCGAAUCAAACACAUACAUAUACAAGCGUAAAAUGAGCGCAUCAAGCACUACGGCGGCUGGGGAAUCCGGUGGCAUUAAUAAGAUGCCGCUAAAAAAACCACAAGAGUUAGAAGCUAUAUUACGUUUAAAUGAUAUCACCAAAUCCGAGCAAGAUACAAGGGACUAUCGCGGCUUGCAGCUGGAGAAUGGCUUGAAGGUGUUACUGAUUAGUGAUCCAAAAACCGAUGUUUCGGCUGCAGCGCUGGCAGUGCAAGUGGGCCAUAUGUCAGAUCCCGAUAAUCUACCCGGUUUAGCGCAUUUUCUCGAGCAUAUGCUGUUCUUGGGCACUGAAAAGUAUCCACAUGAGAAUGGCUAUACCACAUUUUUAUCGCAAAGCGGCGGUAACAGCAAUGCUGCCACAUAUCCGCUAAUGACCAAGUAUCACUUUCAUGUGGCGCCCGAUCAUUUGGAUGGUGCACUCGAUCGUUUUGCGCAAUUUUUCAUAGGACCCUUGUUCACGGCUAGCGCUACGGAGCGUGAAAUUAAUGCGGUCAAUUCGGAGCAUGAGAAGAACAUACCGAGCGAUGUUUGGCGCAUCAAGCAAGUGCAUAAGCAUUUAGCAAAGCCGGAUCAUCCGUAUUGCAAAUUUGGUAGUGGCAACAAGGCAACAUUGCAUGACAUACCUAAAUCGAAGAAUAUUGAUGUGCGUGAGGAACUCUUGAAGUUCCAUAAGAAAUGGUAUUCCGCGAAUAUUAUGAGCUUAGCAGUACUAGGCAAAGAGUCGCUCAACGAGCUCGAAGAAAUGGUCAUUGAAAAGUUCGCCACCAUUGAGAAUAAAAAUGUUGAAAUACCAACAUUUCCACCCGAACCCUUCUCGGAGGAUAAGUACGCGCAGAAAGUGCAUAUUAUACCAAUAAAAGAUUUGCGCUCACUAACAAUCAGCUUCACCACAGCCGAUCUAACGGAAUACUAUAAAUCAGCGCCCGAUAGCUACCUCUCGCAUUUGCUUGGACAUGAGGGCAAGGGUAGUAUACUCUCUGAACUGCGCAAAUUGGGUUGGUGUAAUGACGUAAUGGCUGGUCAUCAUAAUACACUAAAUGGUUUUGGUUUCUUCGAAAUCGUUGUUGAUCUCACGCAGGAGGGUAUGGAGCAUGUUGAUGACAUUGUUAAUAUUAUUUUCCAAUAUCUAACAAUGCUGCGUAAAGAGGGUCCAAAGAAAUGGAUUUUUGAUGAAUAUGUUAAAAUAAAUGAGAUACGUUUCCGUUUCAAGGACAAAGAGCAGCCAGAAAAUAUGGUAACGAAUGCAGUGUCCGCUAUGCAGAUUUAUCCACUUGAUGAAGUGCUCACCGCACCGUAUUUAAGCAAUGAAUGGCGUCCAGAUUUGAUUACGAAACUACUCGAUGAGCUUGUGCCUGAAAAGUGUCGCAUUGUGCUUAUUGGUCAAAGCUAUGAUGCAUUGUGUAACGAAGUCGAGCCGUAUUACAAAACUAAAUAUGGCGCAUACAAAAUCGAUGGUGAGACAUUGAAGCUCUGGGAAAGUUGCGGUCUCAACGAGCAUGUUGCGCUCCCACUACCAAACGCUUUUAUACCCACAAAUCUAGAAUUAGCGCCAGAAGAUGCUGAUUUGUCCAAACAUCCUAACAUUAUAAAGGACACGCCCAUCUUACGUGUGUGGCAUAAACAGGACAACCACUUUUUGAAGCCAAAAGCCUGCAUGACAUUUGACAUGUCCAAUCCAAUUGCCUAUCUUGAUCCGCUUAAUUGUAAUUUGAAUCAGUUGAUGGUUUCAUUGUUGAAGGAUCAGUUGAAUGAAUAUUUGUAUGAUGCGGCUUUGGCGGGCUUGAAAUUGCAAGUGAACACUAAGUCAUCGGGCAUUGAGUUUUCUAUACGAGGCUAUAACGACAAGCAGCUGGUACUUUUGGAAAAGGUGUUGGAUCAUCUAUUCGAUUUUAAAAUCGAUGAAAAACGUUUUGAUAUUCUACGCGAGGAAUUUAUACGCUCGUUAAAGAAUUUCAAGGCAGAGCAACCGUAUCAGCAUGCCAUUUAUUAUCUGGCUUUAAUACUUACCGAGAAUGCUUGGUCUAACAGUGAGUUGUUGGAUGCGAUGGAAUUGGUCACCUACGAUCGUGUCGUGAAUUUUGCGCGUGAAUUUUUCCAACGCCUCCACACGGAAUGUUUCAUUUAUGGCAAUGUAACCAAGGCGCAAGCGCUGGAUAUUGCGGGACGUGUCAAUAAACGUUUGGAGAAAACAAAUUCGAUUGUGCUGCCACUGUUGGCACGACAGAUGCUUAAGAAACGCGAGUACAAAUUGUGUAGCGGCGACAGCUAUUUGUUUGAGAAUCAAAAUAAUUUCCAUAAAAGUUCUUGUUCGCAAUUGUAUUUCCAAUAUGGCCCACAAUCGGAUCGUUCCAACAUUAUGUUGAAUUUAAUUGCGCAAGUUUUAUCGGAGCCAUGCUAUGAUGUGCUGCGUACAAAGGAACAACUCGGCUACAUUGUCUUCAGUGGCAUACGCAAAGUGAACGGCGCCAAUGGCAUACGCAUUAUAGUACAAUCCUCAAAGCAUCCCUCAUUUGUUGAGGAUCGCAUAGAAAGUUUCUUGGAGAAUUUUUUGAAAACCAUGGAGGAAAUGCCGCUGGAUGAAUUUGAACGGCAUAAAGAUGCUUUGGCAUUGAAAAAGUUGGAGAAACCCAAAAAUGUUUCACAACAGUUCCAUCAAUUCUAUAAUGAGAUUUCUGUGGGGCAAUAUCAUUUCGAACGCGAUGAAGCAGAAGUGGCGAUUUUGCGUAAAAUUACGAAGGAGGAAUUUUUGGAGUGCUUCAAGAGUUUCAUUACACGUGAUGGGCCCGAACGCCGUGUACUCUCCGUACAUAUUAUCUCCACACAACCAAAGGAGGCGGACAAUGAAACUGAGCAGGCCGAAGAGGAAAUCACAAAUAUGGAAAGACAUGAGAAAAUCACCGAUUUGGAAACGUUCAAAUCGAGCAAAGAAUUAUAUCCGAUUUGCUUGCCAGUAUUGGAUAUUAAAGCGAAAGGCGCGCGUAGUAAAUUAUAAAUAUUUUAACAAAAACAAAAAAAAAAAAUAAA